AUGCGUUACGAAACGGGAAUAGACACUCUGCUAGACUCGGGUAAGGCGAAAGGCACCAUGGCCUACCAUCCCUUCUUGCAGCUGCCGCGGCAAACGGACUUUAGCGUGUCGUCGCUGCUCACGGCAGCCAACAGCAACACUGGCUCUGGCAACUCUCCUGGCGCAGCAGGCUUCUUUCCUUCGGCAGCUCUGGCUGCGUUUGGAGCGCAGCAGAAUCCGCACGGUUGCUACCCUGGCACGCUGAUCCCUAAGAUCAACCACCCUCAUCCGCAUCAUGCGUUAACCGGUCACCCUUAUACCACGGCGGAAGAUGUUGUGUUGGCGGCUGUGGCGGCGCAUAAUCACCAUCCCGCCAUGGUGAGGCCUUUGAGGGCUAUCCAGCCAGAGGAGGACGGGGUAGUGGACGAUCCAAAGGUGACGCUGGAAGGGAAGGACUUGUGGGAGAAGUUCCACAAGCUGGGCACGGAGAUGGUGAUAACGAAGAGCGGCAGACAAAUGUUCCCUCAAAUGAAGUUUCGCGUGUCAGGUCUAGACCUGAAGGCGAAAUACAUUUUGCUAUUGGACAUCGUGGCAGCAGACGAUUACCGAUACAAAUUCCACAACAGCCGAUGGAUGGUAGCUGGAAAAGCUGACCCUGAAAUGCCCAAGAGGAUGUACAUCCACCCUGAUAGUCCAUCGACGGGAGAACAGUGGAUGCAGAAAGUUGUCUCUUUCCACAAACUGAAGUUAACCAACAAUAUAUCGGAUAAACACGGCUUUGUAAGUUGA